GUGGCGCGGCUGGGCACUGCACACGCGCGGCAGUGGGGCGCGGAGCCGGCCGGGAGCUUUGUGACGGGCUGUGGCGCCGCACCGCAUCCGAGGCUUAGCCCUGGCUCCACCGCGGGCCUGACGCAGGCCGGUUAUCGGGAAAGGCCGUUUGUAGGCCGAGGUAGGCUGUCCGUCCCUCCAUCAGUUUGCAGCUUCCGCCGUCAGGCCUCCCGGCUGUCGCGGCUGAGAAGCCGAGAGUGCGCGGCGGCACAGGGAAGCCGGCACGAUGAAGCUUGUGAGAAAGGACCUGGAGAAGGAUAAUGCGGGACAGGUGACACUGAUCCCCGAGGAGCCCGAGGACAUGUGGCACACGUACAAUCUACUGCAGGUGGGUGACAGCCUGCGGGCCUCCACCAUUCGGAAGGUGCAGACCGAGUCGGCAACGGGCAGCGUGGGCAGCAACCGCAUCCGCACCACCCUCACCCUCUGCGUGGAGGCCAUCGACUUUGACUCACAGGCCUGCCAGCUGCGAGUGAAGGGCACCAACAUCCAGGAGAACGAGUAUGUCAAGAUGGGGGCCUACCACACCAUUGAGCUGGAGCCCAACCGGCAGUUCACGCUGGCAAAGAAGCAGUGGGACAGCGUGGUGCUGGAGCGCAUUGAGCAGGCCUGCGACCCGGCCUGGAGUGCAGAUGUGGCAGCCGUGGUCAUGCAGGAAGGGUUGGCUCAUGUCUGCUUGGUCACUCCAAGCAUGACGCUUACCCGGGCCAAGGUGGAGGUGAACAUUCCGCGCAAGCGGAAAGGGAACUGCAGCCAGCACGACCGGGCCCUGGAGAGGUUUUACGAGCAGGUGAUGCAAGCCAUUCAGCGGCACAUCAACUUUGAGGUGGUGAAGUGUGUACUGGUGGCUAGCCCAGGCUUCGUGCGUGAGCAGUUUUGUGACUACAUGUUCCAGCAGGCAGUGAAGAUUGACAACAAACUUCUGCUGGAGAACAGGUCCAAGUUCCUACAGGUUCACUCUUCUUCCGGACAUAAGUACGCAUUGAAGGAAGCCCUCUGUGACCCAGCUGUAACUAGCCGUCUGUCUGACACUAAGGCAGCUGGUGAGGUCAAAGCCUUAGAUGACUUCUAUAAAAUGCUGCAGCAUGAGCCAGACCGGGCUUUUUAUGGUCUAAAACAUGUGGAGAAGGCCAAUGAAGCCAUGGCCAUCGAUACCUUGCUGAUCAGUGACGAGCUUUUCCGGCACCAGGAUGUGGCUACACGUGCCCGAUAUGUUAAAUUGGUAGAUAGUGUACGGGAAAACAUGGGCACAGUACGAAUUUUCUCCAGCCUUCAUGUGUCUGGAGAGCAGCUUGGCCAGCUGACAGGGGUGGCAGCCAUCCUGCGCUUUCCUGUUGCUGAGCUCUCUGACCAGGAAGAUGAAUCUAGCUCUGAAGAUGAUUGAUAACAGUGACUUCAUUCCACAGUUUCUUGUCCAAGUCAUACUGAAAUGAUAUUAAAGGCCCUCCCUUCCUAAA